AUGUUGGCAGCGAUUCGAUUUGCUCCCCGGAGCCUUGGCACUUGGCGACGAGCCGUAUCGACGCUUCCAAGUAACCCACGCAUCAAAGUCUUUGACGACCCGCUCUCACCGGCGACAUACAUACUCACAUACCUCGACACGAAUCCGCCAUCCCCAAAACUCGCCAUCGGAACAUCUACCGCCAUCCCGCCGACUCCCCAAUCUUUCUCGGAAAAUCACCGAUUCCUAGAUAUACUCAAUGAAGUGGUGGCCGAGUAUGGCCACGAGGACGAAGAUGUAACCAGCCAAGCCAAGGCCUUUGCCAGCCCGGGCGGGUCCAACCUGGGCUCUGGGGGCGUCUUCUUCAGUGCGCAGCGGUCUAGAAAGGCGUCGUCACGCAAGCAGGGUGCCGGCGGCGGCGCCGGCGGCUCCGGAGCUGGAGGCGCGAGUGCUCAGGGCGGUGCCGGUGGUGCCGGCAAAGGCGGCUGGGUGCAUCUGAGUGACCGCAGAAAUCCCCCGGGCUUUGGGAGAAUCGCAUGGCCAGAGGACAUCCUGGCGAGCGUCGAGGUGGAUGCGCGCGGCAAGGUCGUUGGCACGGCGCAGCCGAGCCGAACAUAUCGGGUGGUGACGCGGGAGGGAAUUCUGGGAUUGAGUCCGUUUCUGGAAGGCAAACUGAUUGAACGGCUGAAAAGGGAGGAGGCGACGUCGUAG